GAAAAACUCCGCAACCUCAUGCCGCUCCUUAAUCCGUAUGGUAAAAUUUAUUUCUCUGCACACAGUUUGCUCCAUUCCGUGUAGAUUAUGAAAGAAGAAAUGACAAAAUAUUGACUACUAUGAUAACUCUUUCCCAUACAGAAGAUUUUAAGUUCAGUGCCUUUGUCCAACUUCCCUGAGUACAGUGAUUUUAGCAACUGUUCCCUUGGCUCUCAUAGCCAUCUAUUGCAUAUAGAUGGUAGGGAAAAAAGUCCUGGAGAGCCCUCCACUGGUAAGAUGGCACCUUUUCUUUCUCCAAGCCUUUCAUCCUCCAGAUAAUAAGAAGAGACAGUCCUUCGAAGACUUGACAGCAUUUAGCUGAGGUAUUUUAGGCACUUGCAGAGAUUGACCACACCACAAUUACACAGGCAUGUUUCUUGCUUCACGAAACUUCUGUUGCUGUGGCAUUAAGCUAAGAACAGAUUUGCUUUCCAGAUCCAUCAAACAUUCCACCUCUGCAACAAUGCCCUUCAGACACAAAAAUACAAGACGAAUUGAAGGCCUUGAUAGCAAUGUGUGGGUUGAAUUUACAAAAGUGGCAGCAGAUCCCUCAAUUGUUAAUCUUGGUCAAGGCCUUCCUGAUAUAUCCCCUCCCAGCUACGUUAAAGAAGAGCUGGCAAAGGUAGCAGCAGUUGACAGACUGAACCAGUACACCCGAGGCUUUGGACAUCCAUCACUGGUGAAAGCCUUAUCUCAAGUCUAUGAGAAAGUUUGUGGAAGAAAGAUUGAUCCUCUCACAGAUAUCCUGGUGACUGUGGGAGCUUAUGGAUCUCUCUUUAGUACUAUACAGGCACUAAUUGAAGAGGGAGAUGAAGUAAUAAUAAUAGAGCCAUUUUAUGACUGUUAUGAGCCAAUGGUAAAGAUGGCGGGUGCAAAGCCUGUUUUUAUCCCACUAAGAUGUAAAAAAGAUGGAAACUCUGCAUCUAGUGCUGAUUGGGUCUUAGAUCCUGCUGAACUUGCAAAUAAAUUCAAUUCCAAAACAAAAGCAAUUAUUCUGAAUACCCCACACAACCCAAUAGGCAAGGUUUUUACCCUAGAAGAGCUUCAAGUAAUAGCUGAUCUCUGCAUUAAACAUGACACUCUGUGCAUCAGUGAUGAGGUGUAUGAAUGGCUGGUGUAUAAAGGGAAUAAACACAUUAAAAUAGCUACAUUGCCAGGUAUGUGGGAAAGAACAGUAACUAUAGGAAGCGCUGGGAAAACAUACAGUGUAACUGGUUGGAAGCUUGGUUGGUCCAUUGGUCCCGAGUACCUGAUUAAGCAUCUGCAAGUUGUUCACCAAAAUACACUGUAUACUUGCCCAACUCCAUUACAGGAGGCUUUGGCACAAGCUUUUUGGGUGGACUAUAAGCGCAUGGAUGACCCAGACUGCUAUUUUUACUCCCUGUCUCGAGAGCUGGAGAGCAAGCGUGAUCGGAUGGCUCAGCUCCUGAAAGAGGCUGGACUAAAGCCUGUCAUUCCAGAUGGAGGAUACUUUAUGAUUGUUGAUGUUUCCACAUUAAAUGUGGAUCUCUCUGAUUUAGAUGAGAAACAACCUUAUGAUUAUAAAUUUGUCAAAUGGAUGAUAGCAUCUAAGAAGCUGUCAGCAAUUCCUCUUUCAGCAUUCUGUGGUCUUGAGACAAAGAAACAGUUUGAAAAAUACAUACGUUUUUGCUUCAUUAAGAAAGACAGCACACUAGAUGCAGCUGAAGUGAUCCUGAAGAACUGGAAUAAACAGACAGGCUGAUUUUUCUUAUUAACUCUUCCAUAUAGUAUAACUAUCUAAUAUAAGUUUGUUUUUUUUUUUUUAAUUGGAAAUUUAAGAAAAAAAUUACUUAAUACAGUACAGAAUUAAUAUGACAUUGUAAAUAACUUUUUACUGAUACCUGCUAAGGAGCUAAAACAAUGAUUUACUGAAAUAUGUGUAAUACAACCUAGAGGUUAUUUUCAGUCUUUUAAAAAUAAAAUGCUUUUCUCUUAAAGAAACCCCAAUGGGAUUAAUUUCUUUUACUGAAAGGAAAAAUUUCUAGGAUUCUGUGUAAAAUAAAUAAAUUAUAUAGGUAUUUUAAAGCUUUCAAGUAAAAAGGGAGAGGUGGUUUUGGUAUGAAAUAAUAUGGGAACUAGAGAGAGACUUAGAGAAACAUCUUAGUUUGUGAAAUCAAUAACCUGCAGUAGAGGAAGAUUAAGACCCGUGGCCCAUAUUAGAUAAUUGCAGUGACUCUCUUCAUACCUGCUACCUUCUCUGGCUGCAGAAAUUGUAUCAGUUAAAUAAAGUGAAAAGUGCUAAGUUACAUAAUUACUAUUUUAUUCACCACAAUAGUCAUGUAUGGUGUUCUGAAAGUAUUCAGUCCUCAAUACAAUUAUAAAAGUGGCAUCUGGAAUAGGCAUUCUAUUUACCUCUGGCUACCUUGUAUUUAUUACAUGGAUGAAUCUACAAAGCAAAAUUUACUUUAGAGGAUCCUUUACAAUCAGAUGUACAGUGAUGUAAUUAUUUGUGUCAUUAUGUUUCUUUUAUAUUACAACGUUGGCAGUAUCACACCAAACUUCAAACUCUUUAGAUCUAGGGGGCCAUGGAGGUCUAAUGCUAUUAGCCUAAUGCUGCCUAAUGCUGUUCUGUGGAGCUCAACUAGCUCGGUUUCAAGCACAGUAGAUAAAGGACUUAUUUCAAAAGAAGUCAAUAUGAAGAAUUCCUUUCUAGCUACCUCAUUUUUCACUUCUUUCUGCAAUCUUUUCAUCUGUGGAUGUGUUUCCCACUAUCAGAAGCAAUCCAGGCAGGUGACUUUUUAAGGCUGUGUGCUAUGUCCUCCAUGAUCUUUCUAUGUUCUUCUGGUUUCAGAUGGGAUAGAAUUAAUUUUAUUCUCAGUACCUGGUACAGUGCUGUGUUUCAGAUUCAGCAUGGAAAUAAGGUUGAUAACACACUGAUGUUUUGGUUGUUGCUAAGUUGCAUUUAUCCUAAAUCAAAGACUUUUUUGUGUCUCCUGCUCUGCUAGUGAGGAGGAACAAAAAAAACUAAAAAAGCUGUGAGGGAACGUAGCUGAACAAGUGACCCAAACUGGCCAAUGGAUACUCACACCAUGGAAUGUCAUGGCCAGUACAUCAGCUGGGGAGCUUGUGGCAAGGGGGAGCUGACCGGGGCCUCAGCAAUGGGGUCUGCCAUCAGACAGGGGCUGGUAAGCAACUGCAUUGUGCCUUACUCGUUUUUCUUUUUUUAAAAUUAUUUUUGUUAUCAUUAUAAUUAUUUACUAUUGUUCUUUUUAACUUUGUUUCAAUUAUUAAACUGUUUUUAUCUCAAA